AUGAACCCCGCCGCCAUUUUCUAUCUUGUUCAACUUCUUUGGGCAAUUCCGAGCACUGUCUUCUCUCGUCCAUCUUUAUCCCUUAACACUUCCCAAUUCUUGGUUCACUCGCUUCCAGGAAACCCUGCCCUACCUGAUAGCUGGGCUGGUCGUCUGCCGAUUCCCGAAAGAAAGGGCAACAACAUCUUUUUCUGGCUCUUCGAUGCCGAAGAUGCAGCAUACGAUGAUAACUUGAUCACGAAAGCUAAUCGGCCCGGCAUCAUAGUUUGGCUAAACGGCGGACCUGGAUGCUCCUCCCUCAUUGGCCUAACAACUGGCAACGGUCCUAUCUCCUUCGAUGGCAACUCCACUCGCCUCGUUGAAAACCCUUACUCGUGGACCAAGCUCGGCCAUGUGCUCUACGUGGAUCAACCCGUCGGCACGGGGUUCUCAACGGCCAGUUCUCUGGUGCGAUCCAAUGAGCAGGUAACAGCAGACUUUGCACUGUGGCUUCACGAAUUCUUCAGAUGGUUUCCACAUCUUCUUUCAAAGAACGUCCAUAUGAUGGGCGAGUCGUAUGCAGGGAUCUUUGUGCCCUACUUCGUAGCCGCUUUGAUGGAAGGGAACUACUCUCUACCUAUCAACUUGCGCUCAAUGUCCCUGGGCGACGGAUCGUGGGGAAAUGCAGCCGCUAUGUCAUCUGUUGCAAUGGGAAGAUACAUGCAUACCCAAAAGAAUCGUCUCAAUGUUUCCACAGAUAUCCUUUCUGCUUUCGCCUCCGCGGAUAAGAUUUGUGGAUUUGAAGCAGUGCUGAAAGAAGCGAACACAUACCCACCCGAGGGGAAGAUCCGGAUUCCCGGAGACCCGGAAUGGGUUAACUACCGUCGUCGACAAAGCCUGGAUCUUGCGCGCCGUGAUGGGUCUUCGCUUGGGAUCCUGGAUGGGUCUUGUGAUGAGGAUCCCUCGACACCUGCGGAAGUUCACUCCUCAAUCCUGAAUUCCUCCUGUUACGGCCCUUGUGCGACAUUCUCAACUGCGGAGAACUACAUGUACGCCUCCUCGACUUGUUUCAGCAUUUAUGAUCUGACACAUAAUUGUUCCACAAUCAAUCCCAUCCCAUUACUGGAAGAAUACUUCAGUCAACCGGACGUGCAAUCUGCUCUGCAUAUUGGUGACAGUGGUACAUACACGGCCUGCAACGAUACGAUUCUCGCAACGCUGGAAGGUGUAUCAUUAUCUGUUGAGCCACCGGAAUACGAGAUUCUUCCUUCGCUGGUUACCAAUCACAGUAUCUCCUUGCAUAUUUACAAUGGAGAGCUGGACAUGCUGAUCAAUCAUAUCGGAACUGAGCUGUCCCUGCAGAAUAUGACUUGGCGAGGCGCGCAGGGCUUCCAGCGAAAACCGAACAAUGCUUUUUACGUGAAUGAUGCGACACCUGACCAUCGUACCUCUAGUAGCCAGGGGGCGAAAGCUGGCAUUUGGGCUGCAGAAAGAGGGGUCUCGUAUCAUUUGUUCGAGGGAGCGGGACAUAGUGUUUUCGCAACGAAGCAGCGACAGAUGUUUGCUUUUGUGCGGGAUGUCGUUAUUGAGGGGAAGGCGGGUUGA